AUGGCGUUUGCCUCGUGUUUCCUGAGCAGACCAGUGUCACAGAGGCUCUCCAUUGCGGACAAACCUGAAGAGCUGGCCGCAGAGAAGAUUUCACUGCUGGAAGUACUUAGCAAGGCACACUCCGCCAGAGUCGUUCCGAGCGGCCGAAAUCUCACUGUGAACGAUGACAUCACUUUAAGUGACGAUGAAGGAAGGUCGCAACCCAAACAAAAGCUGAAUAAACAGUACCUUGACGAAAUGGGCAUCUCUGAAGAACUUAAUGAGAUCACGUCUUCGACAGAUGCGAUCCUGCAUGAAGAUCACCAAUUUAGGGUGAAGCUGGAUGAUAUUCUGAGGCCGAAAGACCAUCAUGGCUGUGCCGAAAAGGUGACCAAAGCGAAAGAGGUGAAACUGCAGUCGGAGGAGAUGAAAGACGGUCAAUGUGUGGAGCACAAACGCGUGCAAAAGGAAAGUGAACUCGCAAACCUCAGAUUAUCAUUGAAACAACAGCAGGAAGAUUGCCUGAAUACCAUCAGGAUGGCCCAACUCAACAUUCGUGAGCUUGAAGAAGGACUCCGGCAGGCCCACAUGCAGUUGUCUCAGGAGCGUUGCACAAAUGCAGAGCUGCAGCAAAAACUCAAGAGUCAGGACUGCAAGCAACAGAGCAUGGAAGAGGACUACAAGAGAAGCAAACAUAAUGCGCUUGAUGUGGACCUCCAACAGGCUCACGCGCAGUUGUCUCAGGAACGCUGCACAAAUGCGCAGCUGCAGCAAAAACGAAAGAGUCACGACUGCAAGGAACAGACGACGGAAGAGGACUACAAGAGAACCAAGCAUAAUGAUGAGCAUCUGAGAACUGAUCUUGAGGUGGCCCAGGCGCACAGCAGCACCAAACAAAAGGACCUCAUUGAAGAGAACGAAGGCCUCAAUGAGCAGCUUGGAGAUAUUCGCCAAGAUCUCCGACCGACCAGUGACCACCAAAGUACCUUGGAAUGGAACGAUAUGAUUGCGGGAUUGAAGUGUGAGGUGACGCUAGCCAAUAUCCGACUGGCAGAGGCUGAGCAGCUUCGGUUGGAAAUGGAGAAGGCUUUGCUCCAUGAGAAGAAGGAACAGCAGCGACUUAGAAAGAAGCUUGCAAUUGAGAAGGCCAAUCAACAAGAGGCAUUGACCAAUCUGACCCGUAAGCUCUCCAAGGCGAAGGCAUAUGGCAACUCGAUGGAGAACGAGCUGCUGGAAAGAGAAGCCGAAUACAUCGAAGCUAUGAAAGAAAUGAAGGCGCAAGCGAGUCUUUUGGAGGAAAGAAAAAAAGAGCUGAUCAUUGCGUCGCAGAAACAGAAUGAAUUUCAGGCCGCGGUGGCGCAGGAGGCUGCGGCGGGACUGGAGCUUGACAACUUCAGGAUGGAAACUUGCGCAAAUCAACAUGCCAACACAUUCAAUGCACUUCAAAUGGAGGCUCAAGAAGAUGCAAGGCACUUUGACAACACGGAGAUCUGUCAAGAGAUAUCAGCUGAAGAUGUGGCCCGCCCGACACGUCGCAAAACUUCCUUGACUCCUUCAAACCUGAACUCAUCGCAUUCAGAGCCCCCACGUCCGUUGGCAGUGGAUGUAGAGGUCGAUGAUGAUGACGAUUACAUCUGGAGUGAUGGAAGCUGUGAGGCGAUAGCAGAUGGCGGCAGGACACCCGACCAGCAACCGGGCGGUCGCCGGCGGAGGGACUGGCAACGGGAGAGCGACCUGUUCCUGGAUCUGCAGCGAUGUGGGUUUCAGAUGCUGGAGCGGGAGCUCGGCACUCUGAACACCCGCCUCCAGAGCCUCCAGAUUUGCGUUCUCCCGCUGCUCACUUCCAUCGACGAGAACCUUCGGCAGAUUGCGCAGUCGCCGCCGAGCCCAGUCCGGUCCAGGUGGACUCUGAGAAGAAGAUGGGGCAGGUCGGGUGGUGAGGGGAGGAGAACGACCGGAGACAUGGAUAGUCUAAUUCCUGAUGAAUAAUAAAAGAAACGUACUUUUA